AGUACGUGAAAACGAACGAAACUUUUAAAAAUUCUUCACUUUGGUCUUUGGACGCUUAAAAAUUUGUAAGCAAUACGCAGCGUUAUCGCGUAUCGCUUUGCUCACAAACGCAAAAACUUUGGGCAACUUCAACGGAGCAGAUUCGCAAAUGCCGCAGUGGACGCUUUCUUCCGGGCAUACGGAAGUUCAUUUGGGGAUUUUUAUUGGUGGUCUUGUCGGAGGCGCCUUUCUUGGCUGGCUGGUGCGAGGAAGACAGGCUGCGUUCAUGCCUAAAGUUCGAGAUCCUAAGACUAAGGUUCUUCCGAACCCGUCCAUUCUGGGCAAACGAGGUACCACGUCUCCAUUGAUUAUGGAAGAAUGGACUGACACUUCCGAAGGCGAAACUGAUGAGAAUACGGACCGGCCUUCACAUUCCCGACCGCGAACGAGAUCGAAAGCAGUGCAGCGGGAUUGUAAAAUGGUGUUCCUGGUGCGGAUGGACUUGGAGAUGGGUAAAGGCAAAAUGGCCGCGCAAUGUGCACAUGCUGCGCUAGGAGCGUAUGAAGAAGCCAUUCACCGGAAGGACAUCCAUCUGCGAUCAUGGAAAAGAAGUGGACAAGCCAAGAUUGCACUGAAAGUACCCGAUGAGACGACCCUCAUUACACUGGCGCAGAACGCGAAAAACUCUGGUUUAAAUACGUACGUUGUGCGCGAUGCUGGCCGGACGCAGAUUGCUGCCGGAAGUGUUACUGUUUGCGCAAUCGGUCCUGGUGAAGUGACUGCAAUUGACAAGAUAACCGGCCAUUUAAAGUUGUUAUGAGUCGCAACUGACAGAAUAUCAUUUGGAUUUGCAGAUUUGCACACAGUAAUUCCAGUCUGUGAUACUUGCGGCCAAUUUAGAGCUCUUUGAAUUUUAACACAACUUGGAUUUCAGUUCAUGCUAGACUGCGUAGCCUGUUAACAAACAGUCUUAUUGUAUGUGCGGUACCUGUCCUGCUGUCCAUUCCAGAACUGUGUGCGGUGGUCUGGGUGCUAUGCUUUAUUUUGUUCCAUUAUUUUAUGAAAAACGCACCACCCCGAGAACAGUACGCCGGCGCUUUACAGAAUUUUGUUCAUCCGGGAAUGGCAUGUUGAUAAAACAUCCAAAGGAUGGCUAAAUUUUUGUGCUAAACACUAAUAUUAAAUUUUGUGAUUU